AAUCUGUACAGGCGGUGGAUCAACUGCAUCUGAAACCUUCGAGAUGCCCCGAGCUCUCUGCUGCUGCUGCACAAUAACACCGUCACCGAUACCGGCCCGGGGACACAGCUAUGUUUUUCAGACGGAGAGCCAGGAUGUUGCGGUGGCUAGUAUGUGGACGUUUGGGUCCAGUUUGGAUGUGGAAAGCACUGCUGCUCUUUGCGGCAAUUGCUUUCGCCGGGCAGCUGCUGGGAGUCAUCUUCAACAAGAGCGUCCAGCCAGCUGCUCACUCCAUCUUCUCGUCCCCUGAUGCUCAGGGGCCGUCCCUGGGCUCCUGUCAGCCCCAUAACCACAUCAUGUUUCUCAAGACCCACAAGACGGCCAGCAGCACAGUGCUCAACAUGCUGUACCGAUUCGGAGAGGAGCGCAACCUCCGCUUCGCCCUGCCACUGGGCUACCAGCUGGGCUAUCCGCUGCCCUUCAAUGCGCACAGGGUCAAAGGCUAUCGAGGUCCCAGAGCCAUAGAGUUUCACAUAAUGGGCAAUCACAUGAGAUUUAAUAAGCUGGAGGUGGAGAAGGUGAUGCCUGCAGACACGUUUUACUUCACCAUUGUCAGGGAUCCAGUCACUCUUGCUGAGUCUUCCUUUGCCUAUUACAAAGAGGUAGCACCUGCUUUUCGGAAAGCCAAAGGCUUGGGUGACUUUGCUGACGACCCCAGGAAAUACUAUGACCCUCGUCUCCGCAACAACCACUACGCCCGCAACCUGCUGUGGUUUGACUUUGGCAUGGACCAUAAUGCUAACUUCUCCAUGGCACUGGCACAGCGUGGUGAGGCCAUGAUCCGUCGGACCUUCAAGCUGAUUCUGGUGUCUGAGUACUUUGACCAGUCCAUGAUCCUGCUGAGACAUGCCCUUUGCUGGCCGCUGGAUGCUGUAGUCUCAUUCAGCCUUAAUGCUCGGCAGCAGAAGCCCAGUAGCACUGGGGGGUUGAGUGGGAACUGGGUGGGCAAAGCGGCAGCUGCAGCUGCUAUUGGUGUUAGAGCUGGACGUUCACAACCCAAGACACCGCCCAAUCUGUCACUAACAGAGGAUCAGCGAGAAAAGCUACGGCAGUGGAAUGCCUUAGAUUGGUACCUAUACAAGGUCUUCAAUCGGACCUUCUGGGAGGAAAUUGACAGGUUUGGUCGUGCCCAGAUGGAGCAAGAAGUCACUCUCCUCAGGACGCGGCGAGAAGAUCUAGCCCGGGUUUGUCUCAGGGAUGGUGGAAAGCCUGUGGAGGCACAACGGAUCCGAGACAAAAAUAUCAGGCCCUUCCAGAGUGGAUUAGUGAAGAUUCUUGGCUACGAGCUCCAGCCAGGGCUGGACAAUAAAACUAUGAUGGCCUGUCUAAGGAUGAUCAGACCCGAGAUCCAAUACAAAGAUGUGUUGGAUACUAAACAGUUUCCACGAGUUCCUGGUGCCCAGGCUCAGUCAGGGCAACAGAGCCAGGGGCUGAUGGUAGCAGCCGGUGGCACUUUUUUAAGACAGGAUCCAUCCAGGACAGGAGAGAGAGGGAUUGGGGUAGAGGCCGUGGGGAGGACACUGGUGGAGGGGGAGAAAGACUGGGAUGGAAACCGUUUAAUGAGGAGCAACCAGACUUUGAUACGACCGCAAGAAAGACAGAGGUUGAGAUAGUUUGAGGUGAGUUUCCUUCGUAAAUAUGGUACUUUAAGUCUUUGAAAAGAUGGACGAAUGACCCUGAAAACUCAGUCAAGUUUGGUUUACACAUGAAAAAACAAAGAGCUUCUCCUUUGCACUUUUGGUUGUUUUCCUUAAUUACUUUCAGUUAGGGUGAUUCUUGUGGACUGGGAUCUUUCAAUGGUUGCAGCAAGAAGGUGAAGAAGGGUUGUAUGUUCUGCUUUUUUCAAUACGGAGAAGAACUGAAAAAGUGUUUGCAGGUCCUUAUUAUUACACAUAUGUGUGUGUGCAUAUGUGACAGUUGAGAUUUUCAUACUGACCAUGGUAUGCUUAAAAUGUCUUAUCAAGGUAUACGUAGUCCCAGUUUGUGCCUCUCAUAUAUUACCAUUACACUGAGUUACUUAGUUAAAGCAUCCUUUUUUUUCUCAAAUUGGGAAUCUUUGUAAAAACACAGGCUAUUUAAAAACACUGAAAGUAUUUCUUGAAUCCUCAAAGACUCCUCUCCUCGAUUUAAAAAGAACAAAAAACAAAAAAAAAGAGUGACUUCUACCAAUUUCUAAAUCAAAACAAGGAUAGUAGCUGAAGAUGUCAUGUUUCCCAUCUCAGUAUUUAGAAUUUAACGCCUGUAUUAGCAGUCAUACUUGUCUUUAUUGAUGGUUCUGUCAACUGUUUUAUUUUCAUACAAAAUUAUAUUGAAAGGGAUUCCUGGGAACAUGGAUUAAAAAUACCAUGCAGCAGACAGAAAUGAUUUUUCAUUCUGUUGGUUUUUGUUACAUGUCCGUCUACCAUCUUGGAUUUUGUGGUGUCCUUCAGACAAAUGUAUCCAUGGGAAACUCUGAGUUCAGCUUUGGAGUCAGUAUUGAGCCCUCUCUAGAAGCGAUAACCUCAACAGCUUCUUAAAUAAUUCUUCAUAAUAAGGAAGGGAAACUGUUCAAAGCCUGUGCGUCUGAGAUGCUCACUAGCCUGCAGACGGCUAGUUAAUACCACUGUCGGACACCUCCUCCUCCUAUGUGCUAAAGUAGAUGGAAUGUGUUCAACUAUCAGGCACACCCAUUCGUAGAAAGAUCCAUUUCUUUGUCAUGAUGUCAGAUGUGAAAUUUUAUUAGUGUGGGCCAGCUACAUCUUAAAGAUGAACUUCCUGAUGUUUUAGAGUGCACACUGUUGUUCUACACUUCAUAAAAAGUUAUCAAUUAAGAAAAAAAUGAAAACAAGACAAAACUUGUGUCAAUAAUCAAAUUUCCACAAACAAGCAAAUAUAACCCAUUGUUCUUCAGUUUCACAGCUUUAGACACACAAAAAAAAGCAUCCAGGUACACGCAGCAGGUACUCUAACCCUGAAUAUCACUGUCAAAUGUCUGCUGUAAGGAAUGGGACCAUGGUUUAAAUGGUGGUUUUCACUGUCUCUAAUUCUUUUCAUUUAUCUAAUAUUUCUUCUGAUGAAAACCAGUUUUUCUUAAACUGUUUUCUUUUAUGGCUAUCUUUAGUUUUUCAGUAAGAGGUGAAACUUAUCAUCUUUGGAAUGUAGCAUGACAUUUGUUUAUCUCAGUACUGCCUCGUGUUACACAUGAAGCUGAUCACAUGCAAUGCUAAACCUGGUACUGCAUGGUACUUGUUGAAAGUUUUCUCAUCAAUUUAAUGAGAAUGCUUUGGUAUUAACAUGCUGCUGGAUGAAUCUAAUCAACACUGGUUACGACAUACAUUAAAAACACACCUCUAAAUCUUUGUCAGGGAGCACGGACAGAUUCGUACUUGGUAGUUCAACAGAAGUCAGUCUACAAUUUGCACACACAUAAAGAAAAAUGCAUUUGACAUUUGACGACACUGUCUGGCAGGCUUCUAAACAGUUUUUGUUGAGGUUUUGAGCCUCGUGUAGGACACACGUUCAUCUCAGUGAACGUGGUUACAUUGGUAGUUUAUUCUGAAAGUGGCUCUGCAGCUGCAACACAUCAGGGCUUUUGUUUUUUUUUUGUAGGCAUGUCUUCAGCAAAGCCAGGGCUGAGUUUAACAGCACUGUCUCGGAUUUCUAUCGUAAACUGGAUCAUGGACUACAAAUUAAAUGAAUAACUAGUUUUAAAACUGUUCCCUGCUCUGAAAUCUACCAACAAACAACUCGAUCAACAAGUUAAACGGAGAUCUGAUCUGAAAAUAGGGAGAAUUCUCAUUUAAAUAACUGAAAUAUGAUCAAAUCUAAAAAAAAAAAGAGAAUUUACUGUCUCUGAUAUAAGUAUGUUUCUACUGAAGGCCUGGUUCUGGACAACAAGAGAAUUUUUACAAGUUAAAUCUUACUUUUGAAAGAUGUUUUGUUUGUGAUGGGAUAUUUGUUGCCACUACUUGUAGUAUUUGAAAAUUACCUUUAAUGACCCUGACAAACAGCAGGGGAGGCAUAUGAAUAGAUAACGGGCACAUCAGAAUGCAACUAUUAAGGGGUUUAAUGAGGCUCUGAAGAGAUCCCAUGUUGCCCAAAGCAAAGUGAAUUAUACUUUUAUACUGAAUGCACAAUCAAGUAAUAUCUCCUCACGUUUGUUUCAAUCUGAUCAGAGUCACCCUGACAUGAAAACAUCACUUCUAGUUAGAGCGCUUCACAGACACCUUCUGCUGUGGUUUUCACUCACUGCAGUCAGACCACAAAACAGUCUAACAGUCUUUCCGGUGACACCGCUGAUGCACCAUGAUCUACUUUUUUUACAGCCAUGUUGUCAAGCCAUUUGAGAAUGAUAUUUAGAGAAGUAUCUUACAUCGGGGUUGAAGACACUAAGACUCUAUAAAGACCAGUGAUGACCUUCAUCAGGGUCAUUCUUGGUUCUUGGUAAAACAGGUGACAAGCUUUUCUUGUUUGUUUAUUUUUGAGCUCUCAUAACUUAUUCAGUUAUUAGAGAAUUGUGACUGAAGUACUUUUGACUCCGUGCUGUUUGGUGGGAUAACAGACUGUUCUUAUUGAUUUAGACCUCAUGGCAUUUUCCGUAGGGCCACCAUCACCAUUGAUUUUAUAUGUCAAACUCCUGCUAAGGCACAGCAAUAAUUAAGUCAUUGGUAUCUUUGGCUGAGGUAGGGAUAUCAUUUGUUGUCAUUAUGCAAACACUUGCUUCUAUCAAAGUGAAGAACUGGAGUGAAUCUAGUAGAUGCCUGCUGUUUUGUUAUGCCAGAGUUUAAUGGCCUGUGGAAGAAACAUUACAAAGAACAUUUGCAAUCGCAUCAGGAUUUGUUCCAUGCCUUAGGAUGUCAUAUUAUGAAGCAGGCCUUUAAUACAACGUCCUUCAGUAUUAAUCAUUCUAAUUGCUUUGUGCAUACUAUAUUAAUCAGGAAUUGUUCUCUUUGAAAUGCAGUGUCAAUGAGGGGAAGAGAGCGUCACGGUAAAACGCUGCUGACAAAAUAUUGAAUCUGCACAUGUUCAGUCAGUAUUGAAACGACAAAUACCACACAGUAACUUAGACUGGCCCAGUGUUAUUGUUUGCUGAUUUCAUUGGUAUUGAAGCGUGGUAAUAUAGUCAUGUCAUGCUUUUGAUUUAGAAAAUUUUAUUUAAAAAAAAUUUAAAAAAAAACAAACAACAACAAAAAAAACUAAAUGAGUUACCAAAAACUGUGUAAACAUUAUAGUGUCAUGCAAUACAUGAGAGUAUAACAUGGCACACUCCAUACUCAACAACAGUUGUGCAUCCUAACUUGAGUAUUUAUGCAUCAAAAGAGAAGAAGCUGGCCUACACACAACAGAAAUAAUGAUAAUAAUAUAAUUUCUACAUCAUGAUAAUUACAUCAUGGCAGAAAAAUGUGUCAAGAUCAAAAAGUUAUUUUCUUAUCUAUUAACAAAGGGUCAAAUAUUCAAGUCAAAAAAGUAACUUCUUGUCAUUAUUUUAUAGUUUAGGAGAUCUUGUAAUUUUUAUUUUAUUUUAUUUUUUUUUUUUUUUACUUAUUCCUGUAAUUUCAUUUUCGUGGUAUAAUAAGCUAAGUCACAAAGAUACAGGAGUUAUAAUUAUAGAAACUGUCUUCCAAUUAUUUUUGGCAUUUCAGCCAUUGGUGAAUUCUGUUCAGUUUCAUGCACAUCUGUGUUUCAUCCCUUUUACAUUCCCACUUAAACGAAUGCACUCUCUGCUAAAAAGGUAACGGAUAAUAAAAUGAAACGGUGCUUUCUAACAUACCGUUAAUCCUUCUAAUUUAAAAAGUUUUACUGGGUACUGCAACUUAUUUUGUAGCGUGUUACUUGUAUUUAAGUUUUUGUAAAUGAACAUGUGGUUACAUUGUGUGUAAGAAAGAUGCAGACCGUAAAAGGCUGAUGUCAAACCUCUAAUUCUCACUUUUAAAGGUCAGAAUGCGUAGAAGCUCUGGUACACAGUCCUAUUCCUCUUUUUGUCAUGCAGACUUCAUUUGAACAACUUCCAUGUCUGUUUUGACUAUUCUUACAACCCUGACAGCAAAUACUUCAUAGAUUUUCUCUCAAGUUGUUACAGAUCGUCUGAACUGGAAGAGUUUGUUCAGAAAGCAACCGUGUACCUUGGCUUCAACCUUACUUGAAACUGUGUUGUUUUUUUUUUUUUGUUGAAAUGUGUUGUAGCUCACGCUCUAUGUGUGCAUCAGUUGAGUUUUUUUUUUUUUCUUGUACUGAAUAAAAGCAACAUUUCUUCAA